UCAAAGAGCUGUAUGUUUGAGAUGAAGUGCACUUGACUGACUUUACUUCAUAGUGUGUGAAGUGGACAAGUUUAGGGAGUACGCAGGGAGUUGAGAUUCAACCAUAGAGCGACGGUUUUUAGGGUUCAGAGGAGUUGAAAAUGAGCACGAGAAACGUGUGUCGUUUCUGGGAGUGGGGACGAAAGAUAAUCUGCGUGGGGCGCAAUUACGCAGAACACGCCAAAGAACUGAAGAACGAGCUGCCCACGGAACCCGUGCUGUUCCUGAAGCCACCGAGCGCGUAUGUGAAGGAGGGAUCUCCGAUCCUUGUGCCUCACUACUCUACCAAUCUGCACCAUGAAGUAGAGCUCGGUGUGGUGGUGGGUAAAGCGGGCAGAGACAUCCCUCAGACCUCCGCCAUGGACCAUGUCGCCGGUUACGCGCUGUGCUUGGACAUGACCGCGCGUGAUGUUCAGGACCAAUGCAAAGCCAAAGGGCUGCCCUGGACUCUUGCUAAAGCUUUCGACACGUCCUGCCCUGUGAGCGACUUCAUCCCCAAAGAGCUGAUCCCGGAUCCGUCAGGUGUCGAGUUGUGGCUCAGAGUGAACAGCGUGACUCGGCAGAGGGGCAGCACGGCGCAGAUGAUUUUCUCUGUACCCUUCCUCAUCAGCUACAUCAGCAGGGUGAUGGCGUUAGAGGAAGGAGACCUCAUACUGACCGGGACGCCCAAAGGAGUCGGAGCCGUUCAUGAGCACGACGAGCUUCACGCCGGCAUCGAGGGUGUCAUCAACAUGACGUUUAAAGUCCACAGAAAGGCUGUUUUACCGCACAACUGAUAUGAACGUUCCUAAAUGGCCAAAAGGUCUUGUGGACAUCUGACCAUCACGUCAAUAUUUUGCCACAGAGGUGGAGGCACACAUUUAUAAAGAAUGUCUUUGUGUGCUGUAGCAUUACUCAUCAGAAUCAGAGUCAGGUUUAUUGGACGAGUGUGUUGACACACACAAGGAAUAUUGUUCUAGCUGAUUGUGACAACUAAAAGUACAGACAUAAAUAACACUAUACAAGACAACGCAGAUGAGAGCGCCUGUCAGAAGGGAGGUGUAUCCAGAGUGACUUACAUUUUUAUUUGAAUUUACAUAACCGAGCAAUUAAGGGUUAAUUGAGCUUGCUCAAGGGCCCAGAGGUGGCAGCUUGGUGGACCUGGGAUUCAAACCUAUGACCUUUCGAUCAGUAGUCCAAUACCACAUCCCACAAUUACAAUUUCACUGGAAAAAAGGGGUCAUACCUGCUGCUGCAUGACAGUGCCCUUGUGCACAAAGCGAGCUCCAUGAUAACAUGAUUUGUUUGAGUGGAAGAACUAUGGCUUGACAGAAUCUCAACCCCACUGAACACCUUUGGGAUGAACUGGAACACUGACUGCACCACAGAGUUCUUGAACAAACAUCACUAAAGAUCUUGUGGCUGAAUAAGCACAAAUACCCACAGCCGACACUUCAAAAUCGAGUGGAAAGAGGUCAUUGCAGGGUGCUGUUCAAAAACACAUAUGAAUGUUAUGGUCAGGGGUCCACAAACCUUUGGUCAAAUAAUGUAUCAGUAAACAUAGAAUGGAAAUGAAAGUGUUAUAUUUUUACACAUUUAAGUACUGUAAAUUGGCACUUACAAUAAUGCAAAACAAUAAUUUGAAUCUUACAGUAACCUUACUUUGGUUAUUUUAAAGAAAACACACUGUAGAUUACUGUAAUCACAUCUUAUAGUUUCACACUGGUAACUGAUUAUAGCAAAAUCCACUGGGAAAAACAGUUGUUUUGUUGUUAUUUAGAGAUAAUUUAAGAUGAAAUUAUAGUGUUUUAGAAAUGAAAUAAUUAUGUCCUGGAUGUUGUGGCACCGUCUCCAUCUGGGUGUAUUCUCUCAUCACGCCUCAUGUGUUUAAUAACUUCCAGAUCUACCACAGUUUUGACCUAAAUAAAUCAAUAUGUGAAAAUUAUAUGAAAUAAAAUAAAUAAUCUACUAAUCUGC